GGGUUCGGACUUCCGGAAUUUAUCUCCGAUGCAGAUGGACGUAAAUAAACCGAUUUAAGUUUUGUGUCUGGCGGUUUUUGUGAUGUCUGAAUCUAUUGAUUAUGACUGUGAAGAUUUAAAACAGAUGCAGGAACAAGUCUACGAUCUCAUCCGUGGAAUUAUUGACCCCGAGAAGCCAGAGACUCUGGAAGACCUCAAUGUUGUCAGUGAGGAAGAUGUCUCUGUCAGUCGUCUACAGAAAGAGGAUUAUCUCGUGAAAGUCGUGUUUGUACCUACAGUGCCCCACUGCUCACUGGCCUCAUUAAUCGGACUUAGCAUAAGGACCAAGUUAGAGACAUCCAUUCCAGAAAAGUUUAAGUUGGACAUAUUUAUCAAAGAAGGAACACAUGAAACAGCUGAUGAUAGCAAUAAACAAGCAAAUCAAUGACAAAGAAAGGAUAGCAGCAGCCAUGGAAAAUCCUAAUCUCCAGCAAAUCAUCAACCAGUGUCUGGAAAACUCAUGAUAGUUAGAGACUCUUGUACAGUGUGUAAUUAUAUUAAUUAAUUUUACUUCUAUUUAAAAUUGUAUAAAAUUGUCUCUGUACAUUGGUGCACAUAUUUCAGUAUUAUACCUCAUAAUACAUGUACUUUUAAUAAUGUC